GAGAGGGGCUCGCCGCUGGCCAUGUGUGGACGGAGCGUGUGGCAUUGGCGCUCCCGUGCGCUAAAUCGCGGUGGGCUUACGCUGCUCCUUAAGCAGCAGGAGCGGUACGCGAAGAUAGAGCGCACCGGAACAAUUAGAAAGAAGAUGGUUGAGCUGGAGAUGAGCAACUACACGCCGAUAUCAUCAUGGCCAGACAUCUUUUUGAACGUGCAGGGGAAGUGUACAGGGACAAUGUCAGAAGUGCCCAUGUGACGCCAGAAGUAUUGCAUCGGAGUUAUGGGAGAGAAAUUGAUGUCUGGAGCGCUGGAGUGGUCUUGUAUAUUCUUUUAUGUGGUUUACUGCCUUUCUGGGCAGAUCUUAAGGUAUGUCAUCCCAAGAUUCGGUUGGAGAGAGCCAUGCUUCCCAUGCUGUUGCAAACCCAAGAGUCUAUGAUGAUGAAGACCAUUAUGGAUGGUCGAUCAAUGAAGAUGUCGAAGCUGACUUAAAGAGGUUCGAUUCCGUGGAGCAGGAGGAAACCUCUCGACCACCGCCCAGGAACAGGCAUGUGGAAUAUGAGGGAUCGAACUUGCCGGAUACGGUUAAACUCCCCAACACUAAAUUUAUUCUUAUCAUAACAUGAAAAAGAGCGUUGCUUCAUCUCCCUCAGCCAUGAAAGACCCUGGGUGGAUGGUGCAUUAACUAUUAUCUGGAAGCUCUAGAAGGAAAUUAUGGAUCUUAAGCACUAAGUCAAUAAGAUUGAAGAGGAAAAUCGCAUCCUCAGGGACAUGAUCGCCAAGAACAUCCCAUCACCAUCACCAAAGAAGGAGACUUGAGCACACGGGCACGGGCACUCCCCUUGGCUUGUGCCAAGCUUCCACAGGUGCCUCGGUAUCGUAUCACCACCACUUUAUCAUCAUUAUCUAUCUUAGUUUGAUCCUUAGUUAUUUUCUAAUUUAGAAGAAUAAAGUUUUAGUAUGGUCUAUUUCCGAGUGCUUGCUUAGUGAUCUAUCUAUCUAUCUAUCUAUCUAUGUAAUCGUGUGCGAGAUAUUAAUAAAGAGUAGUUUGAGUUUUGCUUUGCUUUGCUUUCUUUUUUCAAUCUGAGCAAUGGAAAGUAAAAGAAUAAGAAUAUCAUAUGCUACUCCCAUGGGGAGUAAUGACUUCACAUAAAAGAAGUAUAGUUGAUAAAAUUUGUUGGAAGUUGACAAGCAUAGCAUUGGUCAUUGGUGUAGUUCAUGAAAAAGUGGUGAAGAGAGGUCUCACAUAUAAAUAUACUAUCUUAGACAUCUUUUAUGAUUGUCAGCCCCCAUAAAAUAUUUUAUAUCAAUUAGUCGACGUUGGACAAGGAAGACAACGUAAAGAGUUAUGGUUGUUUACAUUCACAUAUAAGUUAUAUUGCUAUGGAUAUUCUAACAUGUGGUGCUUGUCUACGAUCUUUUGCUA